GGAGAGCUAGAGAACCAGCUUUUGCAGGCUAACCCAAUCCUGGAGGCAUUUGGUAAUGCCAAGACCAUCAAAAAUGACAACUCUUCUCGAUUUGGUAAAUUCAUUCGCAUCAACUUUGACUCGUCUGGCUACAUAUCUGGAGCAAACAUUGAGACCUACUUGCUGGAAAAAUCCAGAGCAGUUCGACAAGCAGAAAAUGAAAGGGCCUUCCAUAUUUUCUACCAGUUCUUGCAUGGAGCAAAUGCUAAACAAAGACAGGAAUUCCUGCUUGAGGACUGGGGCAAGUACUCUUACCUGACAUAUGGGAAGGUUCUUGUCCCUGGAGUAGAUGACUCUGCAGAGUUCAAGAACCUCACUGAGGCCAUGGAGAUUAUGGGCAUUACUGCUGAUGAUCAGUCAGCUAUACUGCGAACUGUCUCUGCUGUUCUCCUGUUGGGCAACAUGCAGUUCAAGCAGGAGAGGAAUGCUGAUCAAGCUGUUCUGCCAGAUGAUACAGUGGCCCAGAAGGUGUGCCACUUAAUGGGGGUCCCUGUCACUGCAUUGACCCAGGCAUUCCUUAAGCCAAAGAUCAAGGUCGGCAGAGACUAUGUAACCAAGGCUCAGACUAAAGCUCAGGUGGAGUUUGCCGUUGAAGCCAUUUCGAAAGCUCUGUAUGAGCGGAUGUUCAAAUGGAUAGUCAUGCGCAUCAACAAGUCUCUGGAUCGCACCAAGAGACAGGGUGCAAGCUUCAUUGGUAUUCUGGAUAUUGCCGGCUUUGAGAUCUUUAAGAUGAACUCCUUUGAGCAGCUGUGCAUUAACUACACAAAUGAGAAGCUGCAGCAGCUGUUCAACCACACCAUGUUCAUCUUGGAGCAGGAGGAGUACCAGAGAGAAGGCAUUGAGUGGAAGUUCAUUGACUUUGGACUGGACUUACAGCCUACCAUUGACUUGCUGGAGAAGCCCAUGGGCAUACUGGCUCUGCUGGAUGAAGAGUGUUUGUUUCCAAAAGCCACUGACAAAACUUUUGUGGAAAAACUGAUUGCACAGCAUUCAGGGCAUCCCAAGUUUGAGAAGCCAGAUUUCAGGGCAGAUGCAGACUUUAGCCUGAUUCACUAUGCAGACAAGGUGGACUAUUCAGCUGAUCAGUGGCUGAUGAAGAACAUGGAUCCCCUCAACGAGAAUGUGGUUUCCAUCCUCUCUCAGUCAACUGAUCCCUUCCUUGUCAACAUGUGGAAAGAUGCUGAAAUUGUGGGCAUGGGAGCUGUGGCAGCUGCAGAGACUGCUUUCGGAUCCCGCACCCGUAAGGGUAUGUUCCGAACUGUCAGCCAGCUGUACAAAGAGCAGCUAGGCAAGCUGAUGGCCACAUUGAGAAACACCAACCCGAAUUUCGUCAGGUGCAUCAUACCCAAUCAUGAGAAGAAGGCUAACAAGAUUGAGUCAGGCCUGGUGCUGGACCAGCUGAGGUGCAAUGGUGUGUUGGAAGGUAUCAGGAUUUGCCGACAAGGUUUCCCCAACAGGAUUCUGUUCCAAGAGUUCCGUCAGCGCUAUGAGAUUCUCGUGCCCGGGGCCAUCCCACGAGGCUUCAUGGAUGGCAAGAAAGCUGUGGAGAAGAUGAUUUCUGUACUGGAAUUGGAUGCCAACCUGUACCGCAUUGGGCAGAGUAAGAUCUUUUUCCGCGCUGGCGUGCUAGCACAUCUUGAGGAGGAACGAGACCUCAAGUUGACAGAUAUCAUUGUGCAGUUUCAGGCAUUGGCUAGGGGUCUUCUGGCCAGAAGAAACUACCAGAAGCGCCUUCAACAGAUCAAUGCAAUUCGUGUGAUCCAGAGAAACUGUGCCGCCUACCUCAAAUUGAGAAACUGGCAGUGGUGGAGACUUUUCACUAAGGUCAAACCAUUGUUGACGGUUGCUGAACACGAGGAGAAACUACAUUCAAAAGAGGAGGAGCUGAAGAAGUUGAAAGACAACUAUGAAAAACAGAAGCAGGAGACGGAAGAGUUGGAGCGACGGUAUGCCCAGAUUAUUGAGGAGAAGAACAUCCUGGCAGAACAACUUCAGGCUGAGACUGAACUGUGCGCUGAGGCAGAGGAGUCUCGGGCACGCUUGAACAAGCGCAAGGAGGAACUUGAAGACAUCCUCCAUGAGCUGGAGCUAAGGAUUGAAGACGAGGAGGAGAGAUAUGCCGUUAUACAGGAGGAGAAGAAAGCUAUGCAGCAACAAAUCAAAGAUCUUGAAGAACAGCUGGAAGAAGAAGAGCAGACCCGUCAGAAACUGCAGUUGGAGAAGGUGACUGCUGAUGGAAAGAUCAAAAAGCUAGAGGAAGAGGCAGCUGCUCUGGAUGAUGCCAACCAGAAGCUCCUCAAAGAGAGGAAGCUGAUGGAAGAGAGACUGGCUGAGGCUCAGCUGAACAUGGCAGAGGAGGAAGAAAAGUCCAAACAGCUUGGCAAAUUAAAGAGCAAAUAUGAAGCUAUUAUUGCUGAUCUGGAAGAGAGAUUGAGAAAAGAACAGCAGGCACGACAAGAGCUGGAGAAGAUUCGCAGAAGACUGGAAACAGAACUAGCAGAUCUGAGGGAUCAACUCAAUGAAAAGAGACAGCAGGUGGAGGAUAUACAGGCUCAGCUGGCCAAGCGAGAGGAAGAAGUUCAGGCCGCUCUACAGAAAGCUGAUGAAGAACAAGUUGCAAAGACCACUCUGCAGAAACAACUGAGGGAGUUGUCUACUCAGCUUCAAGAGAUGCAGGAGGAUUUGGAUGCAGAAAGAGAAGCUCGUAACAAAGCUGAGAAACAGAAGAGGGACCUCAAUGAGGAGUGUGAAGCUCUGAGGGCUGAAGUAGAGGACUCCUUGGACACAACAGCAGCUGUGCAGGAACUGAGGACCAAGAGGGAACAAGAAGUAGCAGAACUGAAGAAAGCUGUUGAUGAAUCUCAAAAGAUUCAUGAACAGGUGUUGCAGGAGGUGAAGCAGAAGUUUACACAACAAGUGGAGCAAUUGACUGAUGAGCUAGAAAAUGUGAAGAAGGUUAAAGCCAAUUUAGAGAAAGUAAAAGCAACUGUAGAAGCUGAGAACACUGACCUUGCAAAUGACCUCAAGAGUGUCCAGAUGGCCAAACAGGAGUCUGAGCGUAAGCGCAAGCAAAUUGAAACCCAGUUUGCAGAACUGAGUGUCAAGUUUGCCGAGUUAGAGCGUUCAUCUGGAGACAGUGGAGAGCGGGCCAAGAAACUGCAGACUGAACUGGAGCAGGUCACUAACCAGCUGGUGGUAGCAGAGACCAAAGCCCUGCAGGGUGCACAGAAAGUAUCCUCUCUGGAGGCUCAGCUGACAGACAUACAG